AGACCAGCCUUUCUUAACCAGGGUGCCUCGAGUUUUCUUCAGGGUGCCUUCGCAAAAUUGUGCAUCAUUUUAGAGGGUGCCUCAAGACUGUCCAUCAUUUUAGAGGGUGCCUCAAGACUGUCCAUCAUUUUAGAGGGUGCCUCAAGAAUGUCCAUCAUUUUAGAGGGUGCCUCAAGAAUGUCCAUCAUUUUAGAGGGUGCCUCAAGAAUGUCCAUCAUUUUAGAGGGUGCCUCAAGAAUGUCCAUCAUUUUAGAGGGUGCCUCAAGGCUGUCCAUCAUUUUAGAGGGUGCCUCAAGGCUGUCCAUCAUUUUAGAGGGUGCCUCAAGGCUGUCCAUCAUUUUAGAGGGUGCCUCAAGACUGUCCAUCAUUUUAGAAGGUGCCUCAAGGCUGUCC